AUGACUGGGCUCCAUGAGCAAGCCAUACUAUUACGAGAAAAGUUUUAUCGCCUCCUUUCGGCACAAGCAACAUCGAGCGAUUCGGAAUCAAAGUCAAUUGACAAUAUGGAUCUAUCCGACUAUGCCAAACAUCAAAUUGUGGUACUCAUGGUUGUUCUCUUAGUGAGUUAUGGAUUAAUGUCGUUGCUUUCUUUGGCACUUAUUGUGUACAUGCGUCACAACCGCCAUGUUGCGCUUAAAGGUGACAGUGAAGCAUCACGAAAAACCUUAUUGCCGGCAUUUCAGCCUUUGCUUUGGAUCUUGUGUGCUGCUACGGGUGCGUAUGCCAUGUACUUUAUGGUCGCACUCAUAACACACUUCCAUGCUCCGAGUGCUGGAAACGUCGCGAUUGAGGCACAAAGCGCUGGUCGUCACUUUGUGCUGGAGCUGGCAUUGAUUUUCAUGCUGCAGAAAAGCGUCUCGAUGCCAGCUUUGGUGCGAUCGAUUGUUAUUACAUCAGUUUUAGCGUGUUACACAUUACCUUUCGUCUGGUAUACAACUCUAAAUGACAAAGGCGAGGCUUUCACCUCCAACUUUUGCCUGAUGGUGAUAAUUCGCUUGCUCAUCUUCCCAAUUUACGUCUACGUGAUUGUCCGUCCACCUGCACGUGCCAGCAAAAGGACUUUGCGCGAGUACUGUGCCUUUGGGAUAGUGUAUCACUCACUCGAGUUCGGCUUCCACAUUGCUUUUAGCAACCGGUACAACCAUCUUGGUCUUGUUCUUAUCUAUAUUCACGUACUGUGGGGAUUGCUCUGUCCGUUCUUUGUCUAUCGGUUGCUGAAGGCUGAUACAGAACAUUGGCGUGGUCUCGGUCAGCGAGCAGUUGGUCUGCAAGCUCAUUUUCGCAGAGGAAACAUUCACGAGCGUGUGUCAUCUCAGGGACUUCAUGUGCUAAUUGAAAUGCAUCGAAAGUACAUAAUUGAUUUCUCCGUCCUUGACAUCAAGCAGCGUAUUGGCGUCGGUUCAACAGCUGUGGUUUACAAUGGACUCUUGCAUUUGAAGACCCCGGUUGCAAUAAAAGUUUACACGCCUAGCAGUGUAACAGAAGACACGGUAGCGGAAUUCUCUCACGAAGCUGCUCUCUGCGGUGCACUUAAUCAUCCAAAUAUUGUCAAGUUUUACGGCAUGUGUGUCUCGCCCCCUACCAUCUGUUUGGUUUCAGAGUUAUGUAUAGGUAGUCUCGAUGUUGUUACUCAAGCAAUGACACGACAGCUACAGCCACGACGCCAACAGUUCCUUUUAAACCUUGGCUACAUGAUUGAUGCUGCAAGAGCUGUAGCAUAUUUGCACAGCUUUUCUCCAGCUUUUGUGCACCGUGACAUCAAGCCGAGUAAUUUUUUAGUGGAUGUCGAUGGGAACGUCAAGCUCACUGAUUUCGGCGAGUCCCGCAGUCUACCCAAGGCUAAUAUUACAUGGGAGGGAAGCAGCCUAAAUGAUGCCAAGAACACAGCCGUCGCAAAUGCUUCGAUAUCAGCCCUAGAUACUGUUGCUGCCACGAGCAGUCAUUCGAUUGACGCAGCGCAUUAUCAACAGUAUCCAGGUUCCAGUCGGAGCGGCAACGCUAGCACACAGGGCGAUAGAGCGAUCCCAACGACAUUGUCAGACCUUCCAAAUGAGAAAUUAAUACCAACGCUUCGUAAGACAGCCCCAGAAAUGACUGUAAAGGGAACAGUAGAUUACAUGGCACCGGAAAUUAUCAAUGGUCGAGCAGGAUUUGCCUCGUAUGGCGAAUCAGCUGAUGUUUAUUCGCUGGCUAUCACAAUGUGGGAUAUCUUGAAUCCGAGUUCUGAAAAAUACCCAAAUACAAACAACAACCAUCUACGAGUCCUCGAGUCGGUAAUAGCUGGUAUGCGCCCUAAGCUCGACAGUCAAUUGCACGUUGGUCUAGCGGACCUCAUUAUGACAUCUUGGCAAGUGGACGCUCGUUUGCGUCCAUCUGCACAGGAGAUCGUUGAAGCUCUUGAACGAAUUCAAGACGAGAUUUGCAAUGUUUUCGCCCUUGGCAUGUGUGAGGCAAUGGAGCUUGAGUCGACGAUGCUUAAAAGUAGUGGCAUGGGGACAAUUAUCAGGAGCUUUUCUGGCGAACAGGCGACGAAGAAGAUGCAAGACAUUGGAGCUGUGGCGACGGUUGGCGAAGGCGUUCGUUUAGGCAACAUGUUCAUGAACGCUGGCUGUAUGCACCAUGUUAAACAUUCGCAGUCUUUCAAGUGCAAUAAUGCCAUGUUUUACUUUGAUGAAGUCAAUACUACUCUCCGCCAGCCCUUUGUUGUUUUCGACGAACACUCAUGCAGAAGUGACACUGGCUGCAAGUUUGCAAGUCACAGCCCAGGGUCGAAAGUGGGAGAAUUGAUAUCCUCGCAGCUUGUACAGUCUCCCAGAUGGCAUAAACGGCAGCAUUCGCCUUCCUCUCAUCCUCUGACGACACAUCCAGUAUGGUCUAAAAAUUCCCAGAAUGAUGAAUGGGAAACCAACACUACGUCCGACUCGCCUCCGAAUGACGGCACCUCAGCGUUUGUCGAUAUCGGAAGCAACGGGACAACGGAGUCGGGGAAUUGUGCUUGUCGGAAACUUGGAGAGCGACCAAAUGUUCGUAAAUUGGGUCGUCACCGGUUUCUUCGCAAGUACCGUGCAAUUCCAGAAGAUAAUGUCCUGACUGUCAAUUUGUUGCAGGAUGAAGACGUGACUUUAUCGCAGGACCGUGAUUUUCUACACGAAUUCGACGCAGGACCGUGA